GCCAAUUUUGGAGGGUACUCGCCACACCUUUUUUUUCGGUGAUAAGACAGCGCAACAUGUGUGAAAUUUCAUCAUCAUCGAAAGAACAACUUGAAUAAUUUCUCAUUUUUUUUAUAAUAAAAACAAACAUCAUAAAUGAGUAAUAUAUUAAUUAAUUAAUUAAUUACAAAAAUGAGUUCAAGACCUAAACGUCAACGUAAACCGGCAAAAAUUUUUGGCGAUGUAGUGGACAAUUCAUUUAUUUAUUAUGGUUCAAAUUCAAAAAAUUCAACCAUAAGAUAUUAUAAUAAUGGAAGAAAGAAAAGAAAAUCGUCCGCAUCCAAAACUAAUGCAACGGGUAGUCAAAAUCGAAAAAUAAUCAUCAAAAAUGAUAAAGAUUCACAUUGUGAGUUGCCAUCUUCCAAGCUUAAAAUGGUCAAACGAAUCGUUGUCAACAAAUCGAAAACGAAUAAAAAAAUCACGUUAGAAGAUAUUGUAUUACGAUUACAUUCAUCAUCAGUGCCUGAAUCAUUGCCUUGUCGUGAAUUUCAAUUUGAUGAUAUCUAUAAUUUUAUUACGAAAAAAUUAUACGAAAAUGAAGGAGGUUGUAUGUACAUAAGUGGUGUUCCUGGAACCGGCAAAACGGCAACAUUAUGUGAAGUUAAACGUAAAUUGAAUGGUGAAUCAAAAAGAUUACCAAAAUUUAAAUUCAUUGAAAUCAAUGGAAUGAAGCUUGCACAGCCGAAUAAAUUUUGUUCACAUUUUCUAAUGGAAUUGAAUGGAAUGAAAAAGAACAAUUAUCAAGCUACUAAUAUUUUAACAGAAAGAUUUAGUGACAUGAAUCUGUCGAAAGAAUUUGUCAUCUUAUUCAUCGAUGAAUUGGAUUAUCUUAAGACAAAAAAACAGGACAUCCUUUAUCAUAUAUUUGAUUGGCCGAAUCGAAAAAAUUCUAAACUAGUUGUAUUGGCCGUUGCUAAUUCAAUGGAUUUGCCUGAACGAUUUAUGGUCAAUAGAGUUUCUUCACGUCUUGGAUUGACACGUUUACUUUUUCAUCCAUAUUCGUAUAAAGAAUUGGAAAAAAUUGUUUUGUCCAAAUUAGGAGAUUUGAAUGGUGUAGAGAUUUUCGAACCAGAUGCUUUGGAAUUGAUUUGUCGAAAAGUAUCGGCCGUUUCUGGUGAUGUACGAAGGGUAUUGGAUAUUUGUAGACGUGCAACCGAAAUAGGCAUCAUGAAUGGAAAUUCAAAAGUCACAAUGGCCGAUGUUGACAAAGCGCUCAAAGAAAUUUUUCAAUCAACAAAAACGAUACGAAUACAACAGGCAUCGAUACAGGAACAGAUAUUUUUACGUUCAUUUUUACAAAAUUUUCGUUCCACUGGUCUUGAAGAAUAUCAAUUUAUUGAACUAUACAAAACUCAUUCGGAUAUUUGUCAUUUUGAAGGAAAUUUCGUGCCAAACACAAUAGAAUUAUCAAAAAUAGUGACAAAUCUUGAUCUGGCCAAAAUAAUUUUAUUAGAACGAUCUCAUUCUCAUUUAUAUCGACGAAUACGUUUAAAUGUAUCACCAGAUGAUAUUGCAUUCGCAUUGAAUCUAGACUUAUAAAACUGUAUAUAUAUAUAUGUUUUACUCAUCAAUAAUUUAUUAUCAUUUUAACAUUCAUCAAGAAU